GUUUGUAGUGCAAUUUGAACUGAAGUUUUGACCUUUACAGAUUAAAUUGUAAUGAACUUUUCGGCGCAAAUUUGAAGAAUUGAAGAGUUUGAUCAAUCAAAAAUUCAAGCCAAUCAAUUAUUAUUGUUAGGUAGGAUAUGCUAUUAUACUAGCACAGACAGAUUACAUGGAACUCAGAGUUGGAAAUAAGUAUCGUAUCGGGCGGAAGAUAGGCAGUGGAUCGUUUGGAGAAAUCUAUUAUGGAACAAAUGUCCAAACGAACGAAGAAGUUGCGAUCAAACUAGAAUGUGUCAAAACCAAGCAUCCACAGCUUCAUCUGGAAAGCAAAUUUUACAAACUUCUUCAAGGUGGAAUAGGAAUUCCUUCCAUUAAAUGGUGCGGCGCGGAAGGAGAUUUUAACGUUAUGGUGAUGGAACUUUUGGGUCCAAGUUUAGAAGAUCUCUUCAACUUCUGUAAUAGAAAGUUUUCCCUGAAGACAGUUCUUCUAAUUGCAGACCAGCUGUUAACUCGCGUGGAGUAUGUCCACAUGAAACAUUUUCUACAUCGCGACAUUAAACCAGAUAAUUUUUUGAUGGGUGUUGGCAAAAAAGGGAAUAUUAUUUUCAUAAUCGAUUUCGGACUGGCCAAAAAGUAUAGGGAUCCCAGAACUCAUCAACAUAUUCCUUACAGAGAAAACAAAAACCUUACUGGAACUGCAAGAUAUGCUAGUAUAAACACACACAUGGGAAUUGAACAAAGUCGGCGCGAUGACUUAGAAUCUCUCGGCUAUGUGCUGGUAUACUGCAUGCAAGGUUCACUUCCAUGGCAGGGAUUAAAAGCGGCUAACAAGAAACAGAAAUACGACAAAAUAUCUGAAAAGAAGAUGAAAACACCCGUGGAAGUUUUAUGCAAGACACAGCCAACUGAGUUCGCAUCCUUCUUCAACUAUGCAAGAAAUCUGCGUUUCGACGAAAAGCCAGACUACGGAUACUUGAGGCAGCUAUUCAGGAAUCUGUAUCACAGACAGGGCUAUACGUACGACUACAUAUUCGACUGGAAUAUCAUGAAGACACCUGGGUUGGAUAACAAACAGAAAACAUCCACUAAUAAUGCGCACCAGGGUGUGACACAGUCAAACGCUAUGGAAGCCAGUGGAGCCUUACAAUCCAACAGGAACGGCGACAUGAUCAGCUCAGGCGCCAUCAACCCACAGAUGGGACUGUUCACCGAACAUAACAUGGGGACCCCUAAUAGUGGUCUGAAUCAGAAGGGAGCAGCGGCCCAGUAUGGAGACAAACCAUACUCAGCUAACAGACAGACCCGCACAGCGGGCAACAAUCCCCUGGCAGAGCAUAUCGUGCCCAACACAGCAACCCAAAUGAAUAAGGGAAGCCCGCAACAGCUAUCCCAGAACUUCUCAAAGUUAAAACUAUCUUCAGGAAAUAAUUAAAGUGAUUUGCUCAUCACUCGCUGUUGAAGUUCUCACCUUCUUUCGAGAACGAGCCACCUUUAGUUUCUUUUCUGUCUUUGGUUUAAUGCUCCAAAAGCAUUGUGUACAUGAUUACGAUUAUCGUUAUUUCAUUUUGAUGUAUUAUAGUUUACUCACGACAAAGUUCUAACUUUAUUGUCUAGCAGUAAUUAGACGGGUGUAGCUAGAAAUUACAAAAUGUUGAAAGUUUUACCCCCUUCUGGUUACACUCUAUAAGGUCGCAAAUUUUGUCGUUUUGAUGAUUCAUUAUGAAUGUUAAAAUGCUCUGGUAAUCUUGUUAUUAUGUUUGAGUAAAGGUGCUACGGAGCUUUGCGCUUUUAAAUUCGUUACAUGUUCUUGGUUGUCCAUGAACUUUUUCGUUUUAACCAUUAAGAGUAGGUUAUUUGGGCACCAAAGUUUGACUAAACUACUUAUGGUCUGUUAACCGCAGUUUGCUCUGAAAAGAGAUAAAUGGUUGUUGAGUGUAUCAACUAAGCUUUUAAUCUUUAUUCUUUCAACUUCUUUUUAGCCGUAAAUUAAAACUGUUUAACAUUUUUGAACAUAAAGUAACAGCAAGUACUAUAACUGGUCUCGCUGUUUGUGGCUGCUUUCAGUUACGGGGCAGCUUUUGUAAAAUAAGUCUAUAUUUCGAUUAGUUCUUCUUCUAUUCUUAGUUUAGUUUUGUAUAAACUG